AUGAGGUUCUCAUCCUGCCUGGCUGCUGCCACGGCCCUGACAGCGGGCGUCUCGGCUGCCCCUGCUGCCUCUGCCGCCAACGACCUGGAAGCUGCCCGCGCCGAAGUCAACAAGAUGGUUGCCGACAUCACGGCCAAGAAGAUGGCGGAGCUCCAGGCCAGGGCCGUUGAAGCGAAGCAAAAGGGCCGUUGCAAGAGCACCUGCACGGCCGACAAUGUUAUCGUCCGCAAGGAGUACGGUGACCUCACCAAGGAGGAGAGAGCCGACUACGUCCGCGCCGUCAAGUGCCUGAUGGAACUACCCGCCCGCACGCCCCGAUCCGUCGCUCCUGGUGCGAGGUCUCGAUUUGAUGACUUCACUGUCACGCAUAUCCAGCAGACACUCAAAAUCCAUUACACCGGAAACUUCCAGCCCUGGCACCGUUGGUUUCUCUUCACCUACGAGAAGACCCUGCGCGAUGAGUGUGGCUACAAGGGCUACCACCCUUACUGGGACUGGGCCAAAUACGCUACCGCGCCCCAGGACUCUCCCAUAUUCAACGGUGACCAGUACAGCCUGGGCGGCAACGGCGAGUGGAUCGGCACUCACGAAGGCCCCAUGGUUGGCGUCCCCGAAGCCGGAGCCACUCCUCUCCGCCUUCCGCCCGGAGUCGGCGGCGGCGUGGUCAAGACCGGCCCCUUCCAGAACCGCACCAUCCUCCUGGGACCGGUCGGAACUAUCGAGGGCGUGCCUGCGGGCCCCAACAACGGCCUGGGCGAGAACCCGCGCUCUUGGAAGCGCGACGUCGGCCCCGGCGUCAACAUGCGCUUCGCCAACUACACUACAGUCCUCAACCUCCUGACCGCCCCGGACAUUGACUCGUUCAGGAACGUGUCCGAGGGCGGCAAGGGCACCUCUGAGAUCGGCCCGCACGGCGGCGGCCACUACACAAUCGGCGGCGACCCCGGCGGCGACGUCUUCACCUCGCCCAACGACCCGGCCUUCUACGUCCACCACGGCCAGAUGGACCGCGUGUGGUUCCUGUGGCAGGAGCAGGACCGCGCCAACCGCCUGCACGAUCUCGGCAAGGGACUCUACGCGCACCAGACCUGGUGGAACGAGCCCGCCAGCAACCUGACCAGCCCCGACGAGAUCAUCGACCUUGGCUACGCUGGUGGCAAAAUCGCCAUCAAGGAUGUUGCCGACACCACCUCGGGUCCUUUCUGCUACAUCUACCAGUAG